GUAGAAAAGUGAAACUUGAGGGGCAUUCGUUGUCUAGUUCGGACCAUAAAAGGACCAAUGGAUGUCCUCAUUUUUGACACGAUGGUUGCUGCUCUAUGUUAGCUGUACAAGAAAGAACAUCCACAAACUGAAAACCUGAGAAAGCUUAGGAGAGUUUAAGAUUUCGGUGAUCCUUUAAUGCAUUGCUGAGGAUAACAGAGCUAUUUUUCACAACUUAAAUUUUGUGGUGACGAGUGAAUUGAAUCAGAGACUUCUCGGCUGCCUCACUAUUUAUAAUUUUUUAGUGAUUAUAGCAUGUAGCAUUCUAAAAGUCGUUGCUUUGGCCAGUGAAGGUGAUAAUUCUAAUAGAAAAGGCUAGUUAUCACUUAUACAUUCUCUUGUCUGAGCUAAGCCAAUCAGCGAGCCAGUUCUUGAUGCAAACCUCUCAGAAACACCGAUCAGCUGGUAUCCACAGGUUUUACCACCAGCCAGUGCAAGAGAUCGAUCCAUAUGGUUUAUCUCAUAUCCAAAUUUUAGACAACAAUAUGUAUUCAGAUGGUGGCAGCCAAGGAGCUGCAAUUUCCUUUCAGACAGAUCAAGGAGAAUUCUUUACCUUGGAAUCAUCUUCAGCAACUGCUGGUUUCGUUAACUAUGAUUCUCCUGCUGCCAGCGUCUCAUCCAACAGAAGCCCCUUUUCACCCCAGGGUUCUCAUUCAUGCAUUUCUGAUCCUCAUCAUUCCCCUGACACUGUAUAUGGAUCUCCAUUGAGUGGAUCAUCCUCUGCUGAUGAGGACAAUAUAUUGAGGCAGAAAUUAAGGGAGUUGGAAAUUUCAUUGCUCGGGCCUGAAUCUGAUAUUACCGACAGUGGGAGUUUUUGCUUUGUGAGUGGAGGAUACCAAGCAGAAUCAUCUGCAAGUUGGGACUGGAAUCAAAUGAUGGAAGUGAUCCCUAGGUUAGAUCUUAAGCAUGUGCUUCUUGCCUGUGCUGAUGCAGUAUCAAAUGCUGAUAUACAAAGAGCAGCAGGUCUAAUGCAUGUCUUGGACCAAAUGGUGUCAGUCUCUGGAGAGCCGAUCCAGCGGUUGGGUGCUUAUAUGUUGGAAGGCCUUAGGGCAAGGUUGGAACUUUCAGGAAGUAAAAUCUACAGAGCCUUGAAGUGUGAAGCACCAAUUAGCUCAGAUCUGAUGACUUACAUGGGUAUUCUCUAUCAGAUCUGCCCAUAUUGGAAGUUUGCAUACACAUCAGCUAAUGUUGUCAUUCAAGAAGCCGUGGAAUAUGAACCCAGAAUUCAUAUCAUCGACUUCCAGAUUGCACAGGGAAGUCAGUGGAGUGUUCUAAUGCAGAUGCUUGCUUGUCGGCCAGGUGGGCCCCCAGUAAUCCGCAUAACUGGUGUUGAUGAUUCUCAAUCUGCUCAUGCUCGUGGUGGAGGACUUGAUAUUGUGGGUCAAAGGCUGUUAAAAGUUGCAGAGGAAUGCAAUGUGCCAUUUGAGUUCCAUGAUGUUGCCAUGGAUGGUUGUGAGGUUCAACUGGAACAUCUCAGGGUCCACCCUGGGGAAGCUGUGGUUGUGAAUUUUCCUUAUGUGUUGCACCACAUGCCAGAUGAGAGUGUGACCACUUGGAAUCACAGAGAUAGAUUGAUAAGGAUGGUGAAGAGUUUGUCACCAAGGAUUGUGACCCUCAUCGAGCAAGAAUCCAACACCAACACCAAACCAUUCUUUCCAAGGUUCAUUGAGACUCUUGAUUAUUAUACAGCUAUGUUUGAAUCAAUUGAUGUUGGUCGCCCCAAGGAUGACAAGCAGAGGAUUAACGCAGAGCAGCACUGUGUGGCCCGUGACAUUGUCAAUAUGAUCGCUUGCGAGGAAGCUGAGAGGGUUGAACGGCAUGAACUUCUUGCAAAGUGGAGGUCUCGAUUUACAAUGGCAGGAUUCAAUCAGUACCCAUUGAGUUCUUCAGUGACUACUGCUGUUAGAGAUAUGCUAAAGGAAUAUGACAGGAACUAUAGUGUUCAGGAGAGGGACUGGGCUCUUUACCUUCGGUGGCGACAUAGAGACAUGGCAACUUCUUCUGCCUGGAGUUGAAAACUCGAUAGCUUUAGCUCUUUAACACCUGUAAAUGUAUAAAUGUAAUCUUACCGUUUUUAUCGCAUUUAGAGAAUGAUCAGUAGUGAUGUUACUGUUUUCACAGAAAUUGGAUUACCUUUUUUUUU